AGACGCUCUAAGUUUGGGCCUGAGGCUGUGGCUUUGUUAUCAUAUUGCGUUUUCUUUGAAUCUUGCAGCGGCUUUGCUUUCCUUGACUUUACUCUGACGUCUUCGCACCAAGAGUCCCCAGCCUACAAGCUGCGCGACGUCACAGGGCGGCUCCGGGACGAUGGAUAGGCCAUGUGCAGCAGGGGCGCUUGUGGAUGCCCAAGCAGCAUGUCCUUGUUUACAACAUCUUAGCAUGGGCGCAGCGCGGUCUAGAUUGUUCAAGGCGCCACCAGUCUGUAUUCGCAAGCAACAACGCCAUGCGCCCGCUGCUGCACGAUCGCGUUGGCCCUCCUUUAACAGCUUGAAAGACUGUAACUGGCGGCAUGCCCCGCCGCCGCCACUAAGAAGGAGAGGUUUGAGGAAUCGACAGCUUCAACGGGGACUAUUGCCAAUUAAAGCAGGUAAAGGUGAGAGGAUAGACAUCUACGAAGGCGCGCCAAGACCACAGCCACAAUCCUCCCCUUCCGUAGACACAGCAGACUCUCUCAAGAACGAGCGAGGGCAGUUUGAGAGAAGCCCCACCGGUGUGCUCAACCGCCGCAGGCGGAAGCAGAAGCAACCGGGCAGGGGCUUCAAUCUCUUCUUCCUCCUGUGGAAGGCAUUCAUCAUUGCGAGCCUGGCGCACACGGUCGCAGCGUAUUUGGCUGACGAGCAGAGCACGUGGGAAGUGUCGCUGGUGAUCAUGCUGGCAGUCUUCCUCAUCACGAAGUUCACAAGAGAGAUCCCUUCCGUCAAAGAAGCCGGAGCUAGGUUAUUUCGGCAGCGGGAGGAGCAGGCGACCAGCGGGCUGCUCACUUUGGCAGUGGCGGGCGUGUGGACCGUCGUCUGGGGCGGGCUCUCCAGCGGGUACAACAUCGGCCUUGCAACGCUGCUGCUGCAGUUUGCGGCUGUCGGCUACAUGUUUGGGACGUACGGAAAAGUCGUGAGGGCGGGACUGUAAGCCUGUCGAGAAUCGUGCCAGCUAGCAUGCAUUUCCGGUGGAAGGGCGAUUCGCCGCUUCCGUGAUACUGUUCCCCAAGUGAGAGAACGCUUCGUGCCGCAGGAAGAGCCGACGGGCUUGCCCAUAUGUCAGACGACCUUGGUCAUCGCUGAUGCAUAUAGGCAAAGUGCUGUCCUACUGUCCGCUACAAGGGGAGUUGCAUCCGGACAUGUGCAGUCAGCAUUGAUGCCAGUCUUAUCGGCUGCUUCGUGACAUUCACUGGGCAUGGUACACGUUGCUUGGAAAUACGGGAAAGCAAAUUGGCGGUCCUUUGGGGCCAGGAGCAGUCACGAGAAUGGCACCGUCGCAUGUUGAUCACGCAUUUUAGACGUGUAAGUUGGUAUGGAGAAGCAACGUGCAUACUCGACCAGACCAUCCGAUGCUUGUUGCAUCGGACCGAUCUUUCAAAGUG